AUGACCAUUCGCGAAGCCAAGUACAGCGACGUGCGCGAAAUGGCCCAGGCCGCCGCCGCCGCCUUCAAGGACGAAGAGCUCUUUGGCGAGCUUAUGCAUCCUCGCCGGAAAGAGUACCCCCACGACUUUGUCACCUAUUUCGAGAGGCGCUUUCUCCGACAUUGGAGCGACCCAAACUGCCACCUCGUCGCGGGACUCGACGAGACGACCGGCAAGGUCAUUGCGUGCGCGCAAUGGGAGAAGCAAGGCGUCAAGCCCGCAUCAUGGAGCGACAGUCUGAGCAUAGGCUCAUUCAUGCAAAGCGCGUCCGGGGCGUUCCUCCAAGUCUCGGACUACCUGUGGCCGAAUAGGGCGGCAGACCCCGACAAGAUCAACAUUCUCGAGGAGACGUUCCCGCUGUUCGCCCAUCACUGGACUGAACCCAGGCGGCAAAACUGGUACCUGGAGUUCCUGGCCACUCAUCCCGACUACCAGGGCCAGGGCAUGGGCAAGGAGCUCGUCCUGUGGGGGGUCAACAAGGCCAAGGAGGACAAGGUUUGUGCAUCCGUCAUCAGCGCCGCCGGCAAGGAGGCAUUCUACGGACGCUAUGGCUUCGUGGAAGUUGGGAGGGCGAAUGUCGGUCGCCUCGGCGCUUGUGGGAUUCAGGGUGGUGCCAUUAUGUUUUGCGAGGGACAUUUGUCGAGCUGA